CGUGUACCACUGUCACGAUGCCUGAGGUAAACACAGAUCACCUGGAUGAGCAGCAGGUGCAGCUCUUGGCGGAGAUGUGCAUUCUGAUCGAUGAAAACGAUAAUAAGAUCGGAGCGGAUACCAAGAAAAACUGUCACUUGAAUGAAAACAUUGAUAAAGGUUUACUGCACCGAGCUUUCAGUGUUUUCUUAUUUAAUACUGAAAAUAAACUGUUACUGCAGCAGAGAUCAAAUGCAAAAAUUACAUUUCCAGAUUGUUUUACCAACACUUGUUGCAGUCAUCCUCUGAGCCAUCCACUAGAACUGGAAGAAAAUAACGCCAUUGGUGUUCGGAGAGCAGCACAGAGACGACUGAAAGCAGAGUUAGGAAUUCCCAUGGAGCAGGUAACUCCGGAAGAAAUCUCCUAUCUGACACGAAUUCACUACAAGGCCAAGUCUGAUGGGAUCUGGGGUGAACACGAGAUAGACUAUAUCCUCUUUGUACAGAAGGACGUCAUGUUGAAUCCCGACCCUAACGAGAUCCAGAGCUACUGCUACGUGACACAGAAAGAACUGAAACAGCUCUUGGACAAAGCUUCCAAGAAUGAAGUUAAGAUUACUCCAUGGUUUAAACUGAUAGCAGAGACCUUUCUUUUUAAGUGGUGGGAUAACUUACCUAACUUGAACAAAUUCGUUGAUCAUGAAAAAAUACACAGAAUGUAAAUAGCUGGAGUAAAAGCUGCCGAAGGCCAGCAGUGAUGCGCUCUCAUAAACACUGUGGUAACUUGUGACUCUUGAGUGCAGAAAAUUGAUCGACCUGGAGCAUGUUUAGUAACUUUAUACAGAUGGUCAUAACCAAUGUUUUUUCUUCUCUCUUCACCUCCUCUUCCCCCC